CUUUGCCUGACAACCUCGCCAAGUCAUUCUGAAGAACGGGAACGCGCGUUCGUCAGCAUGGUUUUCAGGGAGGAGCGAGUAAUAUGUUGAUCAUUUCAAAUUCCACCUGAAUCCAAAAUUUUGAUGGAAUCCGUAACCCAAACCCCAUUCGUGUGAAUGAAUGCCCAAACUCGUUGAAUUCAUCGUCUCUAUCACAAAAAUCCUAUCUUUCUUCUUUAUUUUCGUUUUUCUCCCAUUUUUCAUCGUCCUGUUGCAUUCCAACUCAACCCCAUCUCAGAAUCAUUGAGCUUCUUAGGGUUAAAUCUUCUUCCCGUCUUCUUCCCCCCCUUCUCAUGCAUUCUAUUAAUUUCUUUGUUUUUCUUGUUGUGGCGUUUUUCUGUGCAGGGUCGUUUCAGGAGAUUUUGAUUGUAACCGUUGGUUGAUGGUGAUGAGAAAUUGUUUGUUUGAUGGCUGACAACAGGAGAUAUGUUCCUAUUCAGCAAUUAGAUUUAGUACAAAUACUACAAGAAGCACAGAAGCGAUGGCUUCGGCCAGCUGAAAUAUGUGAAAUUCUUCGAAACUACAAAAAGUUUCAAUUAGCACCAGAUCCUCCAGUUCAGCCUCCAGCUGGAUCCUUGUUCCUUUUUGACCGCAAAGCACUUAGAUAUUUUCGUAAAGAUGGUCAUAGAUGGAGGAAGAAGAAAGAUGGAAAAACUGUCAAAGAAGCUCAUGAAAAGCUGAAGGCUGGAAGCGUGGAUGUUCUGCAUUGUUACUAUGCACAUGGUGAGGACAAUGAGAACUUCCAGCGAAGAAGUUAUUGGAUGCUUGAUGGGCAAUUAGAGCAUAUUGUCCUUGUGCAUUACAGAGAAGUAAAGGAGGGAUGCAAGUCUGGCAUGUCUCGCGUGUCAGUUGAUCCAGGGUUACAGGCUGAAGGUUGUCAAGGUGUUUCAACACCUUUUUUCUUGCAGGAGCCGUCACUCGUUGGCUCAGUUCAUGCUUCAUGUCCAUUUAAUCUUAGUCAAACAGUGCCCUCAGGAAAUGGGGGCAUGGAUUCCUCACUCGUUGGCUCAGUUCAUGCUUCAUGUCCAUUUAAUCUUAGUCAAACAGUGCCCUCAGGAAAUGGGGGCAUGGAUUCCAGCGGUAGGAAUAAGUCGAGAGUCACUUCUCAUGUGCAUCAAGUGUUUAAAUCCAGCAUCCCACCUGCAUCUUUCCCUAAAGGUGAUGUUUCAGAUGGUGCAGGAUCAUCUGAUUUGUGUGGACAAGAAAUCGUGAUUAUUCAAUCUGCCACAACUGAUUCCAUUACACACAAGCCAACAGAUGCUAGAUUUGAUUCUAGUGGCUUAGUAGAAAAUAUGGUAAAUAGUGAAAGUGGCUUGAUUGCUGAUUCUAAAGUACCUGCUGUGAAAGCAGUCUCUCAGAGAUUUGUUCAGAUAGAAAAGACGACCCAUGAUAAUUUGGACCUUGAAGGUCUUGGAGAACUCAGAAAACUUGACAGUUUUGGCAGAUGGAUGGAUAAGGAAAUUGGAAGAGAUUGUAAUGAUUCUUUGAUGACUUUGGACUCGCGUAGUUAUUGGUGUGGACUGGAUGCUGGAAAUGAUGAAAAGGAAGAUUCCAGUUUGUCACAUCACAUGCAGCUGGAUGUAAAUUCACUUGAGCCUUCUCUUUCCCAAGAACAGUUAUUCAGUAUUUUUGAUUUUUCCCCAGAUUGGACAUAUUCUGGAAAUGUAACAAAGGUCCUAGUAGUUGGCUCGUUCUUGGGCAGCAACAAACUUCCUGUAGAAACUCAGUGGGGAUGCAUGUUUGGUGAAGUUGAGGUUUCUGCAGAAGUUCUGACAAACAAUGUACUUCGAUGCCGAACUCCUCCUUUGCAUGCUCCAGGGCGUAUUCCAUUCUACGUGACAUGCUGCAAUAGACUAGCCUGCAGUGAGGUGAGAGAGUUUGAAUAUCGUGAGAAGCCACCAACCCUUUCAGUACCUAAUGCUACCAAGUGUGCACCAGAAGAUGAAUUAUGGUUUCAAAUGCGUCUGAUAAGAUUAUUGAAUUUAGGUUCGGAGGAAAAUUUGUUGAAAUGCUCUAUUGAAAAAUGUGAGAAAUGCCAAAUCAUAGGUUUGAUAAAUUCAUCCAGAAGUGAUGUUGCAAAAUGGACAAUGACAGAAGGUUCAUUAAAAAGUGAUGGGAUGAACCAUAGGGAUUAUAUGAUCCAAAGUUUGCUGGAGGACAAACUAUGCAAGUGGCUGGCAUACAAGGUUCACGAUGGAACUAUGGGAACACAUGUUUUAGAUGAUGAGGGCCUAGGUGUCAUACAUUUGGCAGCUGCUCUUGGCUAUGCGUGGGCCAUAGGAUCUAUAAUUGCUUCUGGGCUCAGUCCAAACUUCAGAGAUUCAAAUGGAAGGACAGCUCUUCACUGGGCGUCUUACUUUGGGAGGGAAGAGACUGUCACUACACUGGUUAGCUUAGGCGUUUCUCCAGGUGCCGUGGACGACCCAACUUCAGGAUUUCCAAGAGGACAAACUGCCGCUGAUUUGGCAUCAAGUAGAGGGCAUAAGGGUAUUGCUGGAUAUUUAGCUGAAGCUGAUCUUAAAGCACAUUCGUGUACUUUGACUGAUGGUGAAAAUUUUAAGGAUAACAUCAAAGAAAAUGCUAACAUUGAUGAGGCUAUUGAGACUGUAGAUGUUGUACCAUCACAAUUGGCAGAGGAUGAACUACUUUCACUCAAGGGCUCUCUCGCUGCUGUCAGAAAGUCUGUUAACGCUGCUGCCUUAAUCCAUGCUGCUUUUCGUGCCCGUUCGUUUCGUCAUAAACAGUUAAUGGGAAGUGACAAGGGGAUGAUACAUGAAGAUUCGCCUGACUUGGUAGCACUUGGCAUUUUAAAUAAGGCUGAAAAAAUUCACUAUGAGGAUUAUUUACACGUUGCAGCUGUGAGAAUACAACAAAAUUAUCGUGGCUGGAAGGGAAGAAGAGAAUUUUUGAAGAUAAGAAACCGAAUUGUAAAAAUCCAGGCUCAUGUGAGAGGACAUCAAGUUCGCAAAGAGUAUAGAAAGGUCAUUUGGUCUGUCAGUAUUGUAGAAAAGGCAAUUCUACGCUGGAGGCGGAAAAGAGUUGGUUUGCGAGGGUUCAAGGCCGAAGGGGCGAUGGGGGAAGUUGUUACCCCACAUCCAAAGAUGGAUAAAAGUGAUGAAUAUGAGUUUCUACGAAUCGGCCGCCAACUUAAAUAUGCUGAUGUUGAAAAGGCUCUAUCCAGAGUCAAGUCCAUGGCUCGUUCUCCAGAGGCUCGCCGUCAGUAUAUGAGAUUGGUGGCAAACUUCAACAAAUUCAAGAUAAAUGAUGAAGAAACCAGUUCUUCAAAUCAAGGUGGGAGUUCACAAGAAAUCCACAAGGAAAAGCAUAUGCAUUCAUUUGCAGCUUGAUCACAACGAGUUUACAUUUGUAAAUGUCAUUUCUAGCCUCUUAGAAUUUGUAGGAACAUACCGACUAAUUGCAAAAGAAACAAAGGUUUCUUUUCCUCUUCUUUUUUUGGUCACUUCAAAUGUAAAUAACUCAUUUUUUGAAAUGCUCUGCUCCUAUGAAUAAUGAAAAAAAAUAAUUAAAAAAAGGUUA